AACAUUGGAAAAUAUGUUGAAAAUUGGUAUUUUUAUAGAAAAAUGCCUGUUCAGACAGUGGAAAUAAUCAGGUUUAACAUUCCUAUCAGCUAAGAUAAAAUGUGGUAUCUUUAUUAACUUAUUGGAUUGCCCUAAAAAAUGUAUUUCAUAAAUGCAGUAUAUAAAUGUUACGUUUUACUCCAUUAGUUAUGUCUGAUCUAAUUGACUAUAUAUUUUUCUUAAUUACAAUGUAGUGUGUAGUAAGAAGGUGUAAGUAACAGACUGGAACCUUUGAGUUGCCUGGCUUCAGGCUGAAGGUGGGCGGAACUAGCUCCGGCAGGUCGAUCCACACCCUUUCAAUUUCACUGGAUUAUAAACCUCUUUGGCUUGUUUGCCUUAUGAACAGUCUUCUUUUUUUACCGCAUAGUUGCAAUGAUGCAAAUAGUCAUGCCCUCGAGUCAGACACUUUGUUCAGACUGUAGAGGCACAGAGGCAAUUGCAACAAGUACUUCUUGUCUGCUUACACCGAGAGAGGACUUAUUUUUUUAUGAAGCCCCAGCAAGAAGAAGGACACUGACUUUAACAACUUUACCAGCAUUUUUUAAACUAUAUAAGGGUUAUUAUGUCUUCAGGACAGCCCCAGUAACUUCAGGAAGUCAGAAUGAGUUCAGAGGAGAAGAAAGGCGUGUUGGAUCGCUUCAGCAGUUUCUUCAAAAAAAAGAAGAGCAGUAGGCAGAAUUCAGAUGCCUCCACGGGGGUGACAUCCCCGACUUCGCCACAGCUUAAACAGGAGGACAGACUUCAGAUUCCAACUCACUCACAAAAAGACAGUGACCUAACAGGGCUGCACGUUGAGUCCCAAGUGGGAACAGAGCAUGGAGACACACUCAGUCAAAGCUCUAGUCCCAGUGCCUCAAGCAUGGCUUCUCUAGUGACAAAUGAAGCAGAUUUCCCAUUUGCAGACAGUAACAGCAGUGGCAGGAGCAGUGUGAGAGAAAUGAAUGUGCAGAGGAUCAGCACAGCUGGGGGGGAGAAGAAUUUGGGCAAUGCGACUCCCACCACUUUGGCUUCUGCUCCUAGCGCUCAUCUGGGUGCUGAUACAACCUCGGAAUGUAGUUUCUCGGAGUCAGUAGUGGAGGAAGUAAGCCAUAGGCUGCAUAUUAAUUUGGAAGAAAACACCCUGAAGAAUAUGAGUGUUGCCAAUGAAGAGAAAACAGUUAGCCCACCUACACUUACUUCACCUAAUACCCCCCUGUCUAUUUCUUCUCCAGUUGAGACCCCAAAGUCACCUAAUUUGACCUUGAUCAGCUUAGCAUCAAAGAAAAUGUCUGUGAAAACUGGAGAGACGGGGCACGUCGCUGCCCUAACGGGGGCUUCCACUCAGCAACAACAAGAUGAACACUCGACAGAUUUUGGUGAGGAAGACUCGAGAGACAAGAGACGUGAUCAGAUAGUCUCUGUAGAAACUAUACCCACGACAUGGAGCAGUUCACCUAAGAAAGAUAUGAUAACCAGUGGGGAUUCUCCCACUCAACUUCACAAAGCUAUUUGGGUAGAAACAUACCUGGGAGAGGAGGAGACUGUAGAAAGGGAGGUGGAGAAUGAGAAUGACGGGAUGAAACAAGAGGAGGCAGACUCCCCUCCAGUGCUGGCUGUACCUGUCACAGUAAUUCCUGUGUGCAGCUCAGAAAGCCAGGGUGCUGCAGACAGACCCUUUUCUUCUCCUCACACUUUGCCACCCAGUGGCAGCUUGCCGGAAUUAAACAUCUCCUUGACUACGUCUACAGGGGAGUGCCUGUACACAACCUUACCACAGCCAGGGGAGCCUGAUACUGGCACAGACACAAAGCAAAGUUCCUUUCAGGAGAAACACAAGUUGAAAGAAAUCUGUGUUACGCGGAAGACUGUAAAUCUGCCUUCAAAGCACAGGAUCUUUGCCCAGAAGGUGUACCUAAGCCCAGAGCCGGUGUUGGAUGGAACCGAACAGACAGAAGAGGAGAACAACAGAGAUUCAGUUUUAACUGGUUCAGAUGCAACAAAUGAACGUUUGCAAAAUACUCGAAACAACAACAAUGUGGAACUCACAGAAGACAACCAUGAGCUUUUCACAGCGACAGACACAAAUGCUCCUGAACCUCUAGUUACAGAAAGAAAGGACUCUAAGGUCUCUGACUCUGCGGAUGCUGCUCUUCCCUCAGAUAUGUACAAGACAAAAUCACAGUCUGGGGUAACAGGCCAGGAAGCCUACCAGACUUCUAAACAAGACCUUAAAGCAGCUGCAGGAAGUGGGGCAAGUACCCAAUCUUCUGCAACUGGAAGCAAGGUCAGAAAUGUCACAACUAAGGCAAAGGGCUCAAAAAUAGGAGCAUCCAGUGAUAGUCCAACAAAAAGCAAUGAGAAAAUAGUUUCUAUGUUACCAGUGCCUAAAGACCAAAGCACCAGUGGUCUUUCAAGUGCAAAGUCUAAAAUACCCAAAAGGUCAACAUCAGAUGCUGAAGUCCACUCACCAGUGACGCCAGAUAAACCGUCAGUGACUGAGGGUGCUGUGAAACUGCAAAAGCAAUCUAAAAUCAGAGAAGCUUUGAAAUCUCCAAUCGCUUCAACUAAAGCGGCCAGGAAACCAAGUUUUGAGGAAGCUAAGGGAGGGCAGCCUGCUUCAGGAGACAUUUCCCCCACAAAAUUCACAUUUAGGACAGAAACAAAAGUUACUAAGGAAAAGUCAGAACUUAGCAUUGACUCCAUGAACCGGUUAAAAGGUGUAGGGAAAGGACAUGAGGAGCGCAGUGGGAAAACGGGACAAACACCAGACACGGAAGUCCGAAAAAAGCAGAGUCACACGGAGAAGAAUGCCUCCUCGGCAUCAAAGACUCAGUUGCCUGUUUCUUCUCCAACAAGAAAGAGGAACGAUGAUAGAGGCAUUCAAAGCAGUCCAGAACAAGAGGUGCCCUCUGAUGAGAGACCUGGUCAUGACGCACCACCUGCACUCCCUGAGAGUCCAAAGAAAGGAAGCCUGCUGUCAUUAAGAUCAUCCAAACAACUCUCUAAACGAAGUACUAACUACGAAGAUGGUGACACACUUUGUCUGUCUCCCACCAGGCAAGAGAAAACAUCAUGCAGACUUCCUAAGAAUGAAAACAUCAAACAACAUCCGACAUCAAGCAAGAGUCAUUUAGAGGAUUCCAGUGAUUCACCGAUAUCUGUGAGCAAGCUUCCUACACGUGGUCAAAGGAGCUCAGACAAAUUAAAAACCAGAAAGACGCCACAUUCUCCAGCUGAAAGUUCUGAUAAAUCGGAACAAAACACAGGUCCAAACACUAUUACAGAGACAGCUGUCAAAAUAUAUGUAGAAUCUAUAGCCAGUAAGGUGGAGGAAAAUGUUAGUAGUGAUAAGUCAGUGAUUAUAAAAAAAGAAAGCAAACAGUCCAGGACCAGUGAAGUCCACAUGAAUAGAAAGGAGACAACGAUGUUAGACAGUAGAACCACUCCCACAUCUAAAGACACUUCAAAAAUUCAAGCUAUACCAAACAAUAAUAUGGUUGCUACAGCAAAUGCUAAGGAAACUGUCACACCUGUAGCAGACACACCGCCUAGUUGUGAGAUUAUAAAAGCUCAGUCACCAGUCACUGGUGAUAAGGAGGUCGAGUUACUUAUCAAAGAAAGACAACAUGAAGAUGAAGUACAAGCAAAAUUAGAGUCUUCAUCUCACACCCAAAGUGCCAGCACCACACAGGAUGAGAUAAGACCUCUGCUUCCACAAAUCUCCCCUGAAGAUGUUGAUUUUUCUGAGACAACCCAGCUUAUAAUAAACCUAGAACCAGAUUUAAUACAGGAGAAAGAGGAAAACUGUGCAGUGCCAGUUCCUGAAACAGUAUCAGGUAAUAAACGUGUAAAUUAUAUGACUGAAAAACCUGUAGCAGGUGAGAAUAUACAAAGCAACAUAAUGACCCACUUUGAUGAGGAAGGCGUAACAGCGAAAAACGUUUCCCUUAAAGCGACAACAGAGUUGACUUCUAAAGGAGUAAUGACAGAUAUUUCUGCUGAAUCAGGAAAAACUAUUGGCGUAUCAGUUGACAGUAAUCUGGUCAAUACAAGCAAGCAAGAGCAAAAUGAAAAGGAUCAAACCCCAAAUUUAAUUCUUGCCAAUGAUACAUUGCCUUCUAUGUUAAGCACAGAGUUAGUGAAAAGGAAAAAUUAUGUUGGCGGGAAACUAUCAGAGGCUUUGGACCUUCAAAUGGACACUGUGACUGUUUGCAAAUUUCCCAAGAAUGUAGAAAGUCAGCUGAACAAAGAGCCUCUUUCACAGGGUAAAGGCUCAAAACCCAGUGAAAAGCUGAAUGAUGCUGCAAUAGAAAGUAGUGUAAAACAUUCACAGAGCAUUUGCAAAGAAGAGCUUAAGGGCAUAACCACUAAGGAUAAAGUAAAAAAUGUUACAAAACCAGAGAAAGUAUCUGACCUGACAUUAGAGGAGAAAGAUUUACAGCCUAACUCUGAGAACAAGCCAUGGACAGCAAUUACAGAUGCCCUGGAAGGGAAGAGCCCAGAGAGAGAGCAAGUAAUGAGCUGCAGCCAGGAAACUGCAGCCACUGUGGCUGAUGAACAUGAAUGUGAGACAAGUGGGAUUAAGGAAACACAGCAAGCUGAGCAGAAGAUAAGGGCAUCAACUGUGAAAAAUCACCCAUUUCCAGCCAAACAAGAUACAGUUAAGGUCAACAACACAGAUAGAAAAGACAAACAUGCUGCUGAUGGACAGGAAAAGCAAAAUCCAGAAAUAAAAGCCAGCCAGAGUCCUGAAAAUAAAGAUGAUCAAAGUAAUAAAGAUUUGAAUUUAACAGCUAAGUCUAAAAUGAGGAAUCAAAAGUAUGAGGAAAGUUUUCAUGCUACAGACAAGUUUGAAGAUGCUAUAACAAGAGAGGAAAAUAUUAAUAGAGUAGCAGGCUCCAAAUAUCCAGCUGUUGACCUAAAACAGGAAGCUGAGACACAUAAAGCUCCCAAUGAGGAAAUGGAAAGCCAUAUUUUACAAAUGGACAUGGUUCAAAAAUCGACAGAAAAAAUAAACAAUUCAUCCAAACACAGUUCAGUCAAAGAGAUUGUGCUUCUGGAUGACAGUGAAAGUAAUAUCCAGCAAAAUGUAAUGAUUAAAGAUCAAAAUGGGAGUAUAAUGAAACUAAACAAAUCAACAGAAUCCAAAUGUUCAAAUGAAGAAUUAGAAGAAGAAACUUUGAUUGGCAGAUCAAAAGUUAUGGAAAGAAGAGUAGAAAUUAAAAAAACAGGUACAUCUCAGAAACCUAAUAUUAUUACUCCCAGUACUGAAAAUAAAGAAAGGGCUGAAAGAAAGAAUUUAUGUUUGAGUGCAGUGAACAAGACUGGAGUUGAGACUGCUAUUCUGCAAGUCAACAAGAAGAGGUCUGUAAAUAAAAGUAACCAAAUUAAAUCUGUGGAACAAUUGGAACAUCCAAAUUUUAAAACACCAGUGGAACCAGAUACACUAGGGACUAAAGCCCUGAAGACUAAGGAAAAGCAAAAUACAGAAUCUAAUACAAUCCAAGAAUUUAAUUUGGAAAGCACUAAUGGUGCCACAAGAAAAACAGAAAGCAAGUAUUUGUCAGUAGCAAGUUCAAAUGGGGCACCAGCUGUGAUUGCUAAUACUAAAGUGAAAAAACAGCAGUUCCAGGAGCACAUCCUUGUAGGAGAUCAACAUGGGAAGAUAGGAAAACCAGAAAAAAUCACUGAACCCAAAUCUCCAAAUAAAUUAAAAGAGGAGACAAAAGAAAGACAAACGAGUGAUGCAUCUCCCACGGAAGGGACAGAAAAAGAGGAUUCAGCUUUAAAUAUUUUGGCUAGUAACACUGAAUUUGAAACUUCUAACUUAGAAGUGACUCAAAAUAACUCAAUGUUUGUUACAAUUCAAAGAAAAGAAACUGAGAAUUUAGAAAGAAACAAAACAGAAUUUGAAUAUUCUAACUUGAAACAAGUAACGGAAUCAGAAAACACAGAAGUGAAGAAGACACGUGAAAGCAAACAUGAAAAACAUGACAGCAUCCAAGCAGGUCCAAAAGAAAGAACUGAACGUACUCAUUCACCAUCAAAGACUUUCACUUUGGCAUCAACAGAGAUUGCUAAUAGUGAAGUUGGCAACAAAGUUGUUCACAUACCCAUAACUGUUAAAGACCAAAAACUAGAGAAUAAAUCUACUGAGUCCAAUGUCCUACGUGGAAAUGUGCAUUUAAAACAGGAAAUAGACAUAGUCAGAAAAGUGAAUAGAUCAGAAAGCCCAAUUCAGGAAGUGAAGGGUUUAAGGACCAAUGCACUGAGUAAUCAGGAUGCUGAAAAUAAGCAAACAAAGGAUUCACAAAAGAUUCCAGAUGGAAAUGUUGACACUGAAAUGGAACAGAAGUCCUUAACUGUAACUAAUGAACACAAAGAGAUAAAAGAAACAGACAAAUGUAGUGGUCGACCCAAAGAUUCCAACGCCUCAAACAUUAAUCAGGAACGUGAACCCAAGGUUGUAACCAAAGACUCCAGACUUGAUCACUCAAGUGUUGACAUAAAUAACCAGCAAAUCACAGUUACUGAAUGUGAUGAAGAUGGAAUCAAAGUAAAAAAGGAAGUGGAUCAGAAAAUAAACACAGCAAAAAGAGAUGUUAAGCAAGAAUCAGAGGGCAUUCUCAUAAAAGAUGCAUCUAACAAAGUAGUUGGCAGAGAGCAAAAGAAAAUUGUCUUUACUAAUGUUGAGAAGAGUGACACAAUGGAAACAAUAAAAACAGGCCAUGGAGUGAACCAGGAGUUACAGAUGUUAAAAGAGAUCAAUGACAACAACAGUGAGACUGCAAAGCCAACAUUCAUUGUCAACUCGUCUCUUCCCACAACAAAGAAACAAUCCACUCCAUCUCAGGUUACAAAGACAGACUCCCCGUCUAGCUGGUUGAAUGUAGAACAUAAGCAAAAGAAGGAGCACAAAAAAAGACUGAAUGCGUCAGCCAGUGAGGAUGAGUCUGCUGAGCUUGAUGACUUUGAGGACUUUAUCAAAAGCAUUAAGGAUGGUGGAACUCCUUUCGCACUACCUCCAAAGAGGCACGUUCGAAAAAAGUCUGCAUCUCCAUCGCCCCACUUUGUCAUGCCAGCUAUCAAAGAGGACCAUUUUGAGAAAACGUUUGAUCCUGAGGAAUUUCAGUUUGGCCUAAGGAAGACUGGCACAGGUUUUAGGGAUCCCUCCCCAGCUAUGGUGAUAAAGCAAAAAGCAGCAAACAGGGAAGAACAGACCAGGGGAACACGUGAACAAGAUGGCGACUCGUCCACCACUCUUCGGUCAUUAGUUGACGAGGUGGAAGGAAAGGAUGGAGUCAAAGAGGGGACUGUAACCAGAAAAGAGCAACAAAACAAUGGAGAAGAACCUGGGAAGCUGACAUCAAGACUGGAAAGGAUGUCCAUCCUCUCCAGCUUACUGAGUUCCCCUCGGACCAGCAGGAAGAACAAAGAGGAAGCCACCCCUGCCUCAAAUAGCCAGCUUUCAUCUAAGCAACAACAAGAUGUCCCCUCCCUUGGAAAGCAGUUAGCUAAUGACUCACCUCAGCUUGGCAAUGUAGAUACGGAGGGCGUGAAAAGCAAACAUAAAGGCCCACUGGUGGCUGGUGGUAUAGGUAAGGUUAGUGAAGCAGCACUUAGCCCCUCCUCCCCUCCUUCCCCACCCUCAUUCUCAGAGAUAAAGCUGCCUGAUCAUUUAGAGAAAUACCUCAAGAAGAACACAAAGGAUCCUGCGGUGUCCCAGAGCUGUAUGCAAAUGACUAAAACUCAACUAAAGCCUGAGGAGAGUCCUGUUAUGGACACACCCUCUAUAGCUGGAGUACCUACUGUGGAUGCUGGGCUAAAAUACAACCAGAUGAAAGCUCAAAAUGGAAUUAGUUCUACUAAAACAAAGACACCUGCAGUGAGAGGGGUCCACAAAAGACCUGGAAAGAUUGUUAUGUAUGAGAAUGCCGAAUUUGGAGGGGAUAUGUUUGAGAUUUACCGUGACGUAGAAGACGCCACCUCCAUGAAGCUGUCCCAUGUCAUCUCAGUCAGGACCAUCAGAGGAUGUUGGCUUCUCUAUGAAAAACCUGGUUUCCAGGGCCGUGUAAUUGCCCUAGAGGAAGGCUCUAUGGAGCUCAUAGUGAAUGUGUGGGCAGCGGAGGCAACUACAACAGCAGUGGAUGAGAGGGGCCAGGUUGUCCCAACAGAGCCAAUAGUGAUAGGUUCACUCAGACUGGCAGUCAAUGACUAUAGCAUUCCCCAAAUUGACCUGUUCACAGAGGUGAAUGGGAUGGGGAGGAUGACAUCUUACUGUGAUGAAACUCUAGAGCUUGCCUCUUUUGGGAUCCCGCAGGACACUGGCUCUAUUAAGGUCCAUUCUGGAGUCUGGCUGGUGUACAGUGAUCCAGGCUUUGGUGGUAUGGUAGGAGUCCUGGAUGUGGGAGAAUAUCCCUGCCCAGAAACCUGGGGGUUCCCUGAGCCCUACAUCGGGUCUCUCAGACCUCUCAGCGUGGGAGCCAUAAGGGUGGAGCAUCCUAACGAAGUCAAGGCCUUAGUGUUUGAAAAGUCCAACUUUGAUGGUGCGUGCAUUGAGGUAGACAGUAAUAUCUAUAACUUGAUAAAUCUGGAAGAAGAGGAAACAGACAAACAUAAUAAGAACACGAAGACACUGCCCACAGUGGGGUCUCUAAAGAUACUUGGUGGUCUCUGGGUGGCCUAUCAAGAGGUGAACUUUGGGGGUGCACAGUUCGUCCUGGAAGAGGGGGAGUAUCCUCACUGCAGUGACUGGGGGGGGACCGAAGAUGGGCUCUUGUCACUCCGGCCUGUGUGUGCUGAUUUUGUGUCUCCACACAUUAAAUUGUUCAGCGAGCGGAACUUUGGUGAGCUGGGGCUUAGUGUGGACUUGCUGAAUCCAAUCAUCAACAUGGAGGACACCCACCAUGGUAGCAAAACCCAGUCCGCCAACGUGAUGGGUGGAGUAUGGGUGGCAUUUGAACAACCUGGGUUCAGUGGAGAGCUCUAUGUGCUGGAGAAAGGCCUGUAUGCAAGUCCUGAGGACUGGGGGGCUCAGACCUGCAAGAUCUCAUCCAUACAACCAGUUUUUCAUGAUUCGCUGAUGGGGACAACAAAAUUUAAGGUGCAGCUGUAUUCUGAGCCAGACUUCCAGGGUAAGCUGGUGGCUCUGGAGGACAGUACAGCAGCUUUGGUUGAAGACUUCCUGCCCAGGUCCUGCAAAGUGUUGGCGGGCAGCUGGGUGGCAUAUGAGGGAGCUCGUUUCACAGGCAACAUGUAUGUGCUGGAGGAGGGAGAAUAUCCCAACACAGAGGCAAUGGGCUUCUUGUCCUCAGACUCUACCAUCCGCUGCAUACAGACCACUGGACAUGAGUUCUCUCUGCCCUCCAUCAUCUUGUUCAGUAAGGUUGGCUGUAAAGGUCGCAGGGUGGACUUAACUAGUGGAGCUGUAAACCUUCAGCAGGCGGGCCUUCAUACACACAUACGCUCCCUGGUGGUAGAAGGAGGAAUGUGGGUUUUGUAUGAAGGCACAAACUACCGUGGUCGACAGCUGCUUCUUCAGCCAAGUGAAGUGGGUGAUUUGUGCAAGUUAACUGGCUGGCAGAGAAUAGGAUCCCUACGUCCAUUACACCAGAAACAGAUGUACUUCCGUCUGAGGAACAGGAAGACAGGAUGUGUGAUGUCCCUGACAGGAUCUGUGGAGGAUGUCAAGCUGAUGAGGGUUCAAGCACUGGAGGAAAGUGGUGGGAUAGAGCAAGUGUGGCUCUAUCGAGAGGGACAGAUCACCUGCAAGCUGUUGGAGGACUGUUUUCUGGAGACUUCAGGCAGCAUUCUGAUGGCUGGCUGUCGGCUUUGUGUGUCUCCUGAGCGAGGCAAAGAAAACCAGCUGUGGAACGUCACCACUGACGGGCUGGUGCGCUGCCUCGUGAAGCCUGAUCUGGUCCUAGAAGUCAAAGGUGGUCAUCAGUUUGACAAGAACCAGGUGAUUCUCAACAUGUAUGAGGAGAGAAAACUGAACCAGAAGUGGACUUUGGAGGUCCUGUGAUCUGAUAAGUUCACUACAGUACAGGGGAUUUUUUCUUCAAAACAGAUGUUUAGUCAUUUAAGGAAUGAACGGCAACCAUUGCCUGUAUGGGAUAUUGCCAUUAUUAACCAAUCUCAGUGGCAACAGUUGAAACAGCAGGUGAUCAAACAUAUAUAUGUAUGUAUACCCAAGACUCCAUGACCUGUCUGCACUGCAUGUACUGUAGAGUCAGCCUUGUUUCAGGGCUUUAUGAUGGUACGUUUCUACAGUGUCUGUCAUGAUCUGUGCAAAUAUGAAUGUAGUGGCCUUCACACUGACAGCUGCGAUACAAAAUCGAAUACACACUCCAAAGAUGUUUUUUAAAUGUGUGUAGAGUUUUUUUAACUUUUUAGGACUUUAUAGUUUUUACACUUUUUCACAAACUGAACUUUACCAUUCCAGACUGUACAUAAGCAAGUGUAAAGUAUAGUGUCCAAUUUUAAAAGCGAUGCUUACUGUUGACUGUAAAUAUGUGAAUGAACAACCGAAAUCCAUUACAGAUGAAAAUGUAAUUAUCUUUUCUGUAUCCUUUAAUGCACAAUAAAAAAAGUGUAAGGGCCGACCUUCAAUCUUGUAAUAGUUAGCUGAAUGUGUGUGUAUGUGUAUAAGUGUACCUGCAACUGUGACAGCCAUCAAUGUGCGCAAAACAAUUUCCCUCUGAUGAAUAAAGUUUUUUUAAUCUUGAA